AUGCAUGAUAUCAAGCCAAAUGCCCCUUUCAAACCACCUAGACCAUUGAAAGACAGUGGAGCACAUAUCCUAAUACCUAGAGAACUGAUCAAAAAAGGUGGUGUGAUUUCCAAACGAUCCAGUCCACCAGUCAAUACCGCACCUGUUGCUGCAAAAAGAUCCAAAUCAGAGUCAACCUCCGACUUAACGGGAGUGAAAUGGACAAUACAAUGGAGGAAAAAGACAACCAAGAAGAACAAAAACUGGGAUGGCGAUGGGUUCGCCACCAUCAAGUCAACUGCAUUUGGUUGCGAAAUCAUUGUCAAAAAUUCAGAUGGCAAAGUCAUGAGUAAAAAAUCAUUUAAUCUGGAUCCCGAUUUGGAUGACGUGAUACCUAUAGGGAUGUACGAAAUUGUGUUGGAUGAAAAGAUGAGUCAAGAUGAACCAGACAAUGCAAAAGGUGUAAAGCACAUCAAUAAAGUUGAAGAAGUUGUUAUUGCUCCGCAAAUCGUGCAAACAAAGUUUAAAAAAGUUGUGCAAGAUGAAGUGCUUGAAUCUAGAAAGCCGUUGUAUGAUGAAAACCGGGAUAUCUUUACCCUAACUCCUCCCCCAAAUUUACUAUCGCAUGUAUCAGUCAGAAUUGAUCCUAUUCUUGCGUCUAAAUUAAGACCACAUCAACUUGAAGGUGUAACCUUUUUGUACGAGUGUUUGAUGGGUUUCCGCGAUUUUAAAGGACACGGAUGUCUUUUAGCUGAUGAAAUGGGGUUGGGCAAGACAUUAAUGACAAUAACGACGAUUUGGACAUUAUUGAAACAAAACCCAUAUCCUGAUCAAAAAAAGCCCAUUGUCAACAAGGUGUUGGUAGUUUGUCCAGUCACUCUUAUCAACAACUGGAGAGAAGAGUUCAACAAAUGGUUAGGGUUGAAUAAAGUAAAUGUCUUAACUUUAAACAAUCCCGUUUCCGAUGACAAACGUGAUAUUAUCAAUUUUGGAAAGUUGAAUGUCUACCAAGUUCUCAUUAUCAAUUACGAAAAAGUUAUUGCCCAUUAUGAGGAGCUAUCCACCAUUCUGUUUGAUCUUUUGGUAUGCGAUGAAGGGCACAGGUUGAAAAAUAGCGCUAAUAAGGUAAUGAUUAACUUGACAAAGUUGAAUAUCCCGAAAAAGAUUGUCUUGACGGGGACGCCAAUUCAAAACUAUUUGGUUGAGUUUUACACCCUUGUUUCAUUUUUGAAUCCGCAUGUUUUGCCAGAUAUGAAAACGUUUCAGAAGGAGUUUAUCAAUCCUAUUUCAAGGGCAAGAGAUGUUAAUUGUUUCAACCAAGAGAUUAAGAAGCAAGGUGAGGAAAUGUCACAACGGUUGAUUCUGUUGACCCACAAGUUCAUUCUUCGACGUACACAAGCAAUACUUGAAAAUUAUUUGACAAACAAAACCGACAUCUUGCUAUUUGUUCCACCAACUCAAUUACAACUAGACUUGUUUGAUCUGAUAAAGAAGUCGGAAAAGUUUCAGCAAUUGGACUCAGGUGCAAUCUCAUUGUCCCUCAUCAAUUUGUUUCGCAAGAUUUGUAAUUCCCCUUCUCUAUUGGCAUCAGAUGAUUUUUACAAAAAUAUAACCGAUGGAAGCUUGAAAUUAUCUACUAGCUCAGGUAAACUAAAUGCACUCAUACCAUUGGUGUUGGAGAUUACAGCACAAAAAGAGAAAUUAGUGCUCAUUUCAAACUACACCACUACUUUGGACUUGUUGGAGACUGUGAUCAAAAAGCUCAAUCUACAAUACUUGCGCUUGGAUGGAUCAACACCAAACAACAUGAGAGGCAAGCUCGUCAACAAGUUCAACAAGGACGAACUGAUUCUGGUGUUUUUACUAUCCUCGAAAUCGGGUGGGACUGGUAUCAAUUUGGUUGGUGCGUCAAGGCUAAUCCUAUACGAUAAUGAUUGGAAUCCAUCUACAGAUUUGCAAUCAAUGUCGAGGAUUCAUCGAGAUGGCCAAAUGAAGCCGUGUUAUAUAUACAGGCUUUUCACUACUGGUUGUAUCGAUGAGAAGAUAUUCCAACGGCAGUUGAUGAAGAACAAAUUGAGUUCAAAGUUUCUUGACAACGAUGCUUCAUCGAAAUCAGAUGUGUUUGAUUAUAGCGACUUGAAAAACUUGUUUGAAAUUGACGUGGAUACCAAGUCAAACACCCAUGAUUUAUUGGGAUGUUGUUGUGCUGGUGAUGGGUUUAUGUUGUUGCAGGAAAUUGAAUCUGAUUCUGAUGAUGAUGAUAAAACUGCAACCACUAAAGAGUGGAUGUCUGCUGCAGAACUCCAAGAAAACAUUUAUAAAAAUGGCAAUCUGACGACAACCAAAGCCGUCAAAAAGGCAUUGAAUGACUAUCAUCAUUAUGCUCCUGAACUUAAUCAGAAUAUACAGUUUGAUUCUGUGUUGAACAGGAUUUUAAACAACAAGUUGUUCAAAAACAAAUCACCAUUCACCUACAUAAUGGAAAAAAGUAACAACCAGUAA